AUGGAGUGCAAUUUUCCCAAUAUUUUCUCCGAUGGAUACAGAUCCCGGCACGAUGAUCUCGAUCAAAAAACAGAUUUAACUUUAAAAUGCGUGGUCGGUCUCCACGGACGGGACGUUAAAACGGGCAUUCUCGCGGCAAUAUAUAAGCUUGCUGAUAAUAUAGAUGAUUGUAACAGGUUUGCAUGGGGUACAUAUUUCUGGGCCUAUACUUCGGGGUUGAUGCGUGGAAUGUUUGAAAAAAUAGAAAAUUUUAGAAUAUUCAAGCAGGUCAAUCCCAAAUCCAAGAAAAUAUACAAGUAUCCCGUUGUUGGUUUAUGCUUCCGUUUAAGAUAUGGAUUUUGGAGACGUUCCCAGAGGCAACCCGAGUCCCCCUCACGGAAACAUAGUCCACCUAUUGUUACCUCGCCUCCUCGAAGAAAGAAGUACAAGUCGAAAACAUCUUCGACUGAAACUGCCACAAAUGCUUCUACCUUGCAACAGUCUGAAGUAGAAAAAACUUAUAUGUCAAGUGACACAUCAACAAGGUCGGUAAAGAAGAAGAAGAUGAGCACAAAGACAUUGGUGAAUCGUCUAAUAGGCGUUGUGGCUGACUUAACUUCUAAAGUAGACCGUGUAUUACAGAUUAAAGAUGAACCAGAUACAUGGUUUGGAGAGGAGGAGGACAUGGUAAAUGAAGAGGAGGAAGAAACAUAUUACCAUGGUCCACAGUUGGAUUAUGAUGAUACAUCUACGCAUGGUUUGGAGGGGGGAAGUUGGGCUUACACCUACGCAUGUUGA